GAGCUAGCCACUGAAAAUGAUUCGAUUGCAGAAACCAUUGCAAAACUCAACCUUUUCACGUGGGUAGAAUUUAAACUUGGCAACUACAAAAAUGCACACAAUCAUAACAAUGAUGUUCUGAAAAUGACAGAAGGAGAAAAUAUAACAGCUUUAAUAAACCAAGCCCACCUUUUACUGAGAAAAGGGGAGGAAAUACGUUCUGAGGACUGUCUAAACAAGGCUGAAAACCUGAGACAAAGCCGUCAAGGUGAAGAAUUGAUGGUCGACGUUGAAGCUGAACUAGCGUAUUCUUUAAGCAGGUUAGGUGGAGAUGACAAUAUAAUCAGCGCCAUUGACAUGUAUACCACGGUUGUAACGAAAAAGCCCAAAAUGUAUCCGUGGAAAUUUGGUCUAGGCUUACUACACAGACGUGCAACACACAUCAAUGUCACUAUGAAAAAUCCUACAAAAAUGCCAGUAAUCGAA